AUGACCGAAUCAAGCAAUUGUGGCGCUGGAAAAUGCCGCUGUUUUUUGAAAAAGGCUAUGGCCGUUUUAACAGUGUUCUGCGCUGUCGGCGGAGUUAUUUACGUUACGGGAUUUGGAAAACAAAUUCAUGAAGCUGUAAACAAAUUUAUAAGACCUGAUCAGGAAGAUAAACUAGCAAGGAGAAGGUAUGAACGAAAAAUUUCGUCUCACGUGCUCUCAACGUUUAGUUAUUCACGGUACAUACUUAAUUUCGCGUUUAACAGAUUUAAUUGAUUUGUUUUGGCUACCAAUAAUUGUAGUCGAGUGAGUUCACGGGUCUCUAUGGUUAAAGGUAGCCAUUACUGAUGGUAAUAAAUUUCGUAACUCCAGAACUCUCCUCUUGUGUUUAUCUGACUACUUAUGCUUUAUGAAUUUUGUUUCGCAGAUGUGUUAUUCAGAAUAUUAAAGCAAUUAAAUUUCUAGUGCUAGUUAUAGCAACUGAGUUCUAGUAAAAAGCAUUUUUCGUUUGCACUUACAGAACUCUGUCAGAUUUGAGAUCGAAUCUGAGAACUACAGCUCUAUUUUUAGUAUUUCUCCAAUUUCCUAUGCUUACCUUGAGGCCAUAGGUUUUGUGCAUCUGUGUCAUUUUAAACCAAGCGAUUAUUAUUUUUUAUUUAAUUGUAAAUUGACCCUUACUUCUCAGCGGCUCAGCAGGUUUCGAAAGAUAUAAAUGACGAACGAAACAAUAUAGUCACCAUAAGAGCCGUAUAAACGUCAAAACUGAAAGCCGCUUGCUUUACCUCUAAAUAAACUAAAAAAUGCUCUAAAUAAAAGUUGUGAUUUGCCGCUGAUCACCCUCGGAUAUCUGAAGACGUAGUUCAAGUGUUUCCUGGAAUUUUACCCCAUCCACAUGAAUAACUUUCUUAUUGGUUUUGCUAAUUCCAAAUGCCGGUAUAGAAAAGCCUUAAUUGGUAGCACUGUCCUAAACUCAAGACUGAGUACCUGAAUGUAAUAACCAAUAACUGAGAUAUCGCGGUCAAUUUUCGUAUGUAGUGCUUUCAGUUGUCCUAGUCUAUCGACUAAGGGUCCAAUUUUGAAUUUUGACAGAACGUUUUCUAUGCUGACCUGUUAAGCGCCAUUUCAGUAACUUUUUUUUGUGUUUGUGUUUUUUCUUUUUUUUAGAGCGGUCUAAAAUGCUCGGAAUUGAGUGACAGACCUAAGUCGUAAAUGUAAUUGUAAAUGUAAUUCUCCAGUAAAUAAAGAUGUCGGUCCUACAGCCAAAUUUUUAGUUGGAAGACUAUUUAUCCACAACCAUUACAAUAUCAGUUCACUCAAGUGGCAUUUCGCGCCGGGAUUUUCUCAUAUCCUUAUGAAAACUGAUCAGAGCUCAAGGACUUCAAGGGCGUGCUACUAUUUCUGACGACUGGGGCAUAGAUUUUAGCGGUCCAACUUUCAAUCUUGACAGGGCUUUUUAUUAUCGUUAUAACCUAUCAAAAUAUUGAAACUGGAUCUUUGCUAGCAAACAUUCUGUAUCAAACAAUGUUGUAAAAUUCAAAUCCUUACACUCGAGAGACAAUUGCAAUCAGCCAUAGAAGAACGACAGUUGAAUUAUAUGCAUGUUUUUUUUUUCACUUUGCAGUGAGCCAGCAGGAGCACCCUCAGAUCCUCUUAGGUUCAAAACCGCAGCUGUUGCGGCAGACUACAAGACGUGUUCAGAAGACGGCGCUAACAUUUUAAAAGAGAAAGGCGGUAACGCGGUUGAUGCCGCAAUUGCCACUGCCUUGUGCGUCGGCGUGGUGAACACUCACUCAGCAGGCAUCGGCGGUGGAGGAUUCAUGAUCAUUUAUAACAAGACCACUGGUAUGUUUGCAACGCAAUUCGUAAAAGGCCGAUACAAAUCGCUGUCAUAAAAGACUACUAUACUCGGUAGAGCGCUUGAGUGCAGAGCAGGAGUUCGAGGGUUCGAUUCCCGGGGCCAGACCAAUACUUAGAGUCUGCAAAUAACUGAGAAAUCGAGGUCAUCCUUUACAGUAGGCGUCUAGACCUUAAUGUGGCUUCCCGUCUCCAGCUAGAGACGUAAAAAUGCCCCCAAUUACUACGUACGUGCUAAAUAAAUUGAAACUCAAAUAUAGGGCAUGGCAUUCUUUUAAAGUAUAUGUAGCUAACGCUAUUUACGUGACCCGGUGACGUCAUGAUUGGAAAUUUCCGCCAUCUUGGAUUUUUAUACGCCACUUACACAUCUCCCAUGAUGCACCUUAUUUGUUUCCCAAAAUUUUGCACAACCUUUAAAAUUUUGUUUUUCAUUUCUCCUGGGUAUUACAGCCGUCUCAAGAGAAAUUGAAAACAAUGCUUAUGCAAAAAUUUGGGGGCCAAAUAAGGUGCAUUAUGGGAGACGUGCAAGAGGCGAAUUCUGUCGAAAAAGUGACAAUGGGACGAGAUUAUUCAAAGUUAGUUUUAAAAAAUGUUCUUAAGUUAUACAAUCUAUUUUGACAACAACGACUUCUAAAAAUCUUGAAGCACAAGCUGUUUCUCAUGAAAAUUUCACUUACAAAGAGUUUACAAGCUGAAAACACUCAAAUCGUGCAUGGAUGUUUUCUUUUAAUAUUUAUUUUUUAUGAAAAAUUAAAAAUCAUAGGUGAGACUACGGCGAUCAACUUCAGAGAAACUGUGGCUCAGCAUGAAAAGGCGGAUUCCAUGAAGGAGUUUCAGCACCUCAUGUUCCAGUGGAAAUCAAGAGGUAAUUUAAAAUAAUUAGCAAAUGCUGGAUGAGGCUGCCGGGCUAUGUUCUCACUAAAACUAUACGGAUGGGCUUCCGUUUCCAUAUAAUUGUGAUUACUCUGACGGCGCAAAGCAUGCGUCGCCUCGAUUUCCAAAGUGGAGCGUCACGUAUCAAAUAAGCUCUUUGCCACAUUUGACUGAAGAGUGAACAGGUGUUCGCACCGAGUCUGAUAAGGCCGUACGUAAGUGAAGUAGCGUGAGUUAUCACGAUGAGUUAUUCACGGGUAGGUUACCAAAUUAAGAAAUUUCAAGAUUCUGCAUGUCAAAUCUUGAAAUUUCAAUAUUUUGCGUGUCAAAUCUUGAAUUUCAAGAUCUUGCAUGUCAAAUUUUGAAAUUUCAAUAUUCUGCAUGGAUUGUUAAAUAGUGAAAUUUUAAAAUUUUUUAACUUACUAGUAAUUAACUCACGGUAAAUAACUCACGACAUCGGCGGACCCGUUCGGACCCGUAGCGAAAGUGAACAAGUAGGAGUAAGGAUUGGAAUCCACUGACAAGGAAGUAAAUAUUCAGGAGUGUUGACUGGGAUUUAGUCCACCAAACCCUUUCGGACAACUGCUCCGGCAGGAUGUUCGAUGUGUGUGAACGACUUGUUCCAGUUCUGAGCCGUUGCUGUUUAUACUAAUACCAGAUAGCUUAUCGUGUCAGCACGAACAGCUGUCCGGCAAAGUGUGAACAUAUAGCCUGAGUAUGAUAUGAAGAACGGAAACGCUCUAAGAGAUCUGCAUAAUUCCUCAUUGAGUUCGAAAGCCGAAUCCAAUAAUUGUUUUACUGUUCGUUCAAAAUAUUUCCGAUUUACCUUGAUCUAGUAUGUAAAAUUCUCUUCUUCAUAAUAUUCGCUUGCUCCUCGCUCAGCUUAUAAAGAGAUGGUUAUUCAAGCAGGCUUUCUUUAAAUAGCAGUUGUCAUCUGCUGAGAGGUGUUUGCUUUUCGGCCAUCUUAACAACAAUGACCUCAAGCUACGCGCUCGGUCAUUACUUGUAAGAGGGACUCAGAGCUAAGGCAUCAUCCUGUAUAAAAUUUUCAGAAACGAAGACCCGUGUCCCGGGGGAAGGAGAAUUUAUAGGCGUUCCUGGUGAGCUAAGAGGUUUUGAAUUAGCCUGGAAAAAAUAUGGCAGCAUGCCCUGGAAAGACCUGUUUGAUCCUGCUAUUAAGAUUGCCUCUGAGGGUUUCAAAGCCACGCACACAAUAAUAUCCGCUGUGGAAAAGAAUGCGGCCAAUGUAUCGAAUGAUCCUGGCCUUAGGUGAGUGAGAUAUACAUUAGUUUGACCAUACAUCACCCGUGCAGGAAUCUAAGCCGCCAGCGCUAGCCUAGUUGUAAAGAGACUUGCCAUUAUGUAUAAACCAGGACUAACCCAACUAGAUCAGUCCUAACCUAAGUGGUAUUUACAGAAGUGAUAGGUUUUAGAUCAUAUUCGUGAAAAGGCCAUUUAUAUUUCAUUUUCGAAAUGAGUCGUUUGAACGGCCAGUUGUAACUAAUGGGAAGCUUCCUCCACGUUAUGCCAAAUAAUUCUUUUUCAAGCAUCUCAGAAAUGGAUUGAAUUGUGGUAGCUAUUGCCUUCUAUCUACUCAUUUGGUUUUCUGUUGUUAGACCUUUAUUGAUCGUUUUGUUAUAGGAAAUUUUCUGAAAAGUAUCAUUAUAUUAAUUUAAAAUUUGCUACGGCAAAUUUUUGCAAAAAUGUGCAUGCAUAUAAAACUAAACUUUCUUGUGGCUACAGAUGAGAAUUUUGCAACUGAAACACGAGAAAACUUCUAAUUAUGACGCAUGCACAGUAAAUUUCAAGAAUAUUGAACGAUUCAUGAAACUAUUGUGUCAGUAAAGCAUUUUGAUAUUCCCUAGCGGCAAGCGUUAACACCUGCAGCUAUGGGUCAAACAUGAAGUUUAAGGCCUCUAAGUGUUAAGUGUUAACAGUCACACGGAAGACUGCAUGAGGCCUCUCUCUUAAUUGCCCGUGCCACCGUUCAUAAUUUACACCUUAAUUACUGUAUUUUGCGUAUUUUUAUUAGAUUUCACCGUUUAACUAGUGCAUUUUAGCUACUGCGUUAAGAGAAUUUUUUUUUAGAUUUUCCUUAGCAUGGGGUAGCGACCGUGGCGCUUCGCAUGGGUCACGUGUCCCGUUCGCGCUAUUCCCCUUUGGUCUAUUUCAAGCUAGUAUUUGUCUUGUUUUUAUUUAUUUGUUAUUAUUAGUGUUUCUUUUUAUUGUUUCUAUUUAUCAAGUCUUCUGGCAUUGAAUCGCCUUCUUUCUCCUUUUAGCGAAUUAUUUAGGCCAAACGGUAAAUGGAUAAAGAUGGGCCACCUAAUAAAACGAACAAAAUAUGCAAAAACUCUGGAGAAGAUUGCCCAGCAUGGCGCUGAUCUUUUCUAUACUGGAAAAAUGGCAAAGCAGGUAAGAAUUUAUGAUAACACCAGCUUUUUCCCCUCUUACAGUUUAUAGCCACAAGAAUAGCUUUAACGCCUUUGUGUUACGUUGGUCUACUUGUAAUACGCGGGCAGGUUCGCGCAGCGUUCUAAUUUUUGUAAGUUAUAAUUUACACAGUCGCUUGCGGCUUAAACCCAGAUAAGUAACCUUCUCCAAAGGAAUCUGGUACUCAGGCCACUUUUCGGCUUCGCCGACAAGACAUUAACUCCAAAGGCAAGUUAUAAGCUAUUAUCACUCUUUUUAUCCUAGUAAAAGCCUUGAUAGCCUUCGUGGCAGGCGUUUGGAUUUUGUCGCGCGAACGUUCAUGAGAAAGGAACGCCCGACGAAACCCUAAGACCGUCUGCGAGGGAGACUAGGCAGGCAUUCGAAAGGGAUUAGGAAGCGGGGACUGAAUUUCUAGCGCGCGAGGGGGAGGAAAGGAAACCUUUCUCCCCAGCGGGCAUGCGCACGCAGGAUAGUGCUUCGAUCGCGUACAACUAGAAGAUGUUUCAGGUGGGUUUAUACAAUCUUACAGCAUGUUGUUACCUUUUAACCUUCGGUAUGACGACCACGAAAAAAGGACUUGACUCGCAAUUCAAACCAUCAUUCACCAGCAAAAUUUUUUUUACGCGACUAGAAAGCAUUGCCUACAAUUCCACAGAGCAAGAAAGUCGUUACAGAAUUGUCUUGUUGAUAGGGACGCCGUUGAUUUUCUGUAUCUUGCAAACAUUUUGUGUCAAGUCGUGUGGCUGCACGGCUUGCCUGUUCCAUACAGUACUCCUACUUGCCGUGAACAUACUCUCAAAGGAAAGAACGCACGAAUAUAUUCUACAUUAAGACCAAACGAAUUUAUGGAUUAUGCAGGUGGUCAAGGACCUUAAAUCCGUUGGUUCGACGAUAUCGUUAGAAGACAUGAAAAAUUACAGAGCGACAGAAGUCAAGGCAGUGGAGUCUGACUUUCCAGGGGUGAAAGGAUUAAAAGUUUAUACCGUUCCACCCCCGGCGGGUGGAGUGGCAUUACUAAACAUUUUGAACAUUCUUAAAGGUAUGUUCAAGUUUUCAUCUUUUUCAGUGGGCUGGUGGAUUUUCAGUUUCAGCUUCUAUUAUUGUUUUCAAUAUUCAGAUAUAAUUUAAUAGCCUGAGUAAUAUAAUUAUAUUACAAUAUACAACAAUAGCAAGGGACUACCUGAAUUAAAGUAAAAUGAGUAAAAUGUACGCAGGGACCAAAGUACUUUGGCUUUUGAGCUGGUCAUUGCCACGUGAUAUCAACUGGCAUAGACAUUUUCCAUAACUAUACGAAAAAUGUUUGCAUUUUAUCUGCUUGGUAUUUGGAAGGCCCUGAAUUAGUACAAAAUUAGGAUUUAAGGUUUUCAGAUUGAAGAAAAACUUUAAACAGUGCACAAGCAUCUGUAAAGAUUUAGGCCCGUAAAAUGAGAUCGCGUACUUCCCCCUUUCGUCAGAAUGUUCCAUUUUGGGAAGGAAAAGCCGUAAGUCUAAUCUAUUUGUGGUACGUUUAGGAUGUGCUUUAGUGCUUCCUAGUUUGAAUUGAGUACAAGAUUAAGCGAUUCCUUUUACAAUUCACAAAAAAAACUAAGUCACAGACAACUGCAACAAUUAAAAACAAUUGCAACCCAGCUAUCUCCUACUCCUUUUUACUGUAUUAUCUAGCUGGCCUUGGCAGGCUGUUGGCAAUUCGUUUGACAAGGGCGGCUCAUUGUGAUUUGUGACCGGUAGACUGCUUGCAGUCUGACCGUCUUUGCUUAGCCUACGAAUACAGCCGUUUCUCGUCCUUAGUGGCGAGUAGCAAGACGAAAUGAUUGCAUUCGCAGGUUAGGCGUUGCUGUUCGAGUAAAAAUCCGUCCAGUUCUUAUCCCAGCCAGUGCGACAGCAAAUAAGGACGUCACAAAAAGAAAAAUUUGGGGAUUAAGUGGCAGAAAUGACACCAUGUUUAAUCGCCCGUUAUUUGACUCCAUUAACAGGGUUCAAAUUCGGUCCAGGGGACAUUAAAGAACGGCCUGAACUAACGUACCACCGCAUGAUUGAAGCAUUCAAUUUUGCAGCUGCAAAGGAAACUUACCUCACUGAUCCACUAUUCAGCGACAAGACGGAUCAGGUAAAAGAAUAACGGAUUAUUUGAAAUCAAACAGUUCUAAUAGAGGGUCGUAAACAAAAAAAGUAAAAACUAGGUUUUGCCCCUUUUAAACAAGAAAAUGGAAUUGUGAGUAACUGGAUCGGUUUUGUUGCCAAUACCAGGUCGCCAAUGUAAGGUAAUCCGGAUUCCGUAAUUCGGGAAAUUUUUGCAUUAGAAUUCAGUCCAAAGAAUCCAGAAUUUCGCUAACAGUUGAAAUCCAGAAUCCACACCGUGGGAUUAAGAAUCCAGGACUGUCCUGAAUUACCAUAUAUGUGGCGAACCGUGGUACAGUAGAACUGGACACGUAAAAGUUACGAAAACGGGAUUUGGACCUCGCCACGUGCACCCCACGUACACCCCAUGCCCAUCCAUUCAGGACGCAAUGAGCCUAAUGCAUGUUUACGUCAGACAAGCAAACUUCGCCACCAAGCCUCGUUUUGAAGUUGAAAAGUUGCCAAGUUUUGCAUAAAUGAAUUCUCAAGGCAGAACAGUUGUAUAGAAUAUUUACGCCCAAAGAGUGCAAAUGCGAAGAGUUUUGCUUAAAAACAAGGCUUGACGGUGAAAUUUGCUCGUCUGACGUAAUCAUGCAUAAGGACCAUUUCCUGCUGUCAAGCCUCUGAGUUUCAUAUACGAGGCAAGAUGUGAUGAAGGGAGAGACCGCAGAUUGAGACGUUUUGGCUCACAUGGAAUGACGCAGGACAAUCAAGUUUAGCAGAUCGACCAAUAAGAACCCUCGUUAGACUAUCGACAAUGCUGCGUACAUUCUUGACACGUGGAAGGCACCAAAAAAAUGCUCUUUAUUUGAGUGUCAAUGUAUUUAGCACGAAAGUACUGAUUGAGGACGCUAUUUUUAUGGGGCCGCCAUUUUACGUGGUCAUCCGAGCGAAGGUCCAGCCGCUUGCAGUGCAAAGAUAUUACCUUCAUUUCUCAGUUAUUUUAAGACGUUGAGUAUUGGUCCGGCCCUGGGAAUCGAACCCGCGACCUCCAACUCUGCAGUCAAGCGUUCUACCGACUGAUCUAAUCCUGCCCCUUAGUUAUUUCUGUAAGAGAGUGCAGUCUUUAGUCAUUUUGAGGGUUGGGGGAAAUUCAUUUCCACCAGAAUGAUUUUUUUUGUUGCUGAAACAAAGAAGUAAUUGGGAAACUAAUCUAACUAAAUUGUUAAAUACUCUGUAAAAUGAUUGUGAUUGUGAUUGUGAUCGUAAUCGUGAGAUCGCAGUCGUGAUCAUGAUCGUAAUCGUGACCGUGAUUGUGAUCGUGAAUGUGAUCGCGAUCUUGGUCGUCAUCGUAAUCGUGAUUGUGAUUGUGAUCGUGAUCGUGAUCGCUAUCGAGAUCGCGAUUGUGAUUGUGAAUGUGAUUCCGAUUAUAAUUAUUUCUGUUCAAAUUCAGGUCGUUGCGGAUAUGGUUAAUCCUGACAAGGGAGAGAAGAUUCGCCAACUUAUUGACGAUAAAUCUCACUCAGAUGACUACGACUACUACGGGCCGAUAAACUAUCACAUUGACGUCACAGAUGGCACUACUCACUUGUCCGUCCUGGAUAAAGAAGGGAACGCUGUUUCCUUGACAACAUCAAUAAACAAAUAGUAUUACAAAUUAAUAAAGUAGUAAUAAGCAAUGUUACGGAGAGAGGGCGACAACGAAAGAAGGUCAAAACGCUUUUGCCCCAACGCGCGCUGCUGUGCUUUGCGCAAGUUUCACGUGAUCAGAUGGUCAAAACACUCAUGAUCAAAUAGCGUUCUGUGCAUUCCAUUCAUUCCUAGUGGGAGUCCAAACGAAUGCUGGCUACAUACAUCCGACGCAUGCGUAAUAAAACCUUGGGAUUAGGAUUGCGGGCUCCUCUCGUCGCCUGCAAUAAUGAUAAGAAGAAGAAGAAGAAGAAGAACGGUUUAUUACCAUUCCAUUCCUUUCAACAUCAGAUUUAAACCAAAAAAAUUCAUGUUUUAAACCAGGCUUGUUGGUAUUCUAACCGGCGGCCUAGGCUGUGUGAGAGUUCGGGGCAGCCCACAGAGCCAGGGCUGCUGAUAGUAUUCUAGGGCCCAUCAAGUCCUUGUAACGGAAAUUUGACAACAUCGUUGCCCCAGUUAUCUAAAACACUCCCCAUGUUUUUUAUAUGUGGCGGCAACUUCUCUCUACGCUGACAUUCUUUUUGUUUCUCACUUUUUCUUGCAGUUUCGGUGCUAAAAUAAGAAGUAAGACACUAGGGAUUGUUUACAAUGAUCAACUCUGGGAUGCGGUUAAUUUGUGGGUAAAUGAAUUUCAUCUGGAACCUGAUACUAUGAAGCCUCGAAAGAGACCCAUGUCUCUUGCUUCGCCAUCCAUCAUCGUAGAUGAAAAAGGAAAUGUAAGAAUGGUGAUUGGUGCGGCCGGAGGAAAAUACAUCGCCACAGCUUUGGCACAGGUACCUAAAUACAUCUAGCAAUGUCUAAAACACCUUUCUCCCAUGUCACAUGAGCAAGGACUAUCGCCACAAAUCAGUAGCAAAUCUGCUUUCACGUCACGAAAUUUGUGGCAUAGUUUAACCAUUGUGGCGGGGCAGAAGGUUAAACCGCGGGGCAAAACCGGAGUUCUUAAAUGGCCGACAGGGAAAACGUAUGUGAUAUCUGAAUAAAAGAAAAGCUUGUUAUGUGACAAAAACAUGAAUGUAUUUGAGUGAUCUCUCAGUUUACCCUUUGAAGGUUAUUGCGAAGCAUUUACAUAACUGUAGGCAUAGACUCUUUUCAUGUAUUGAGAACGAGGUUAACGAAGUUCAAACACGCAGUCACAAUGGUAUAUGCACGCCGUUUUUGACACUGUCCGUGAAUGUUUCAGCAAUGUAGUCUGCGAAAAGUGGAUGUAAUUUAUAAGCUAACAAUUAUUUAAGAAACGGUCCAGAUAAGAACGAUAGCAACAACGGCAACGAACAUGUUGGAAUGCAAAAAAGGUGCUAACUUUUCUAUUGUCUGUACUUACUUCUGAUUGGCUUAAACAGCAAAAGUUAACAAAACUUCAUAAAGCAGUACAUAUAUUCAUCCUUACUUUCCAACCAUCUUCCAUAUAACAAAAUCUGGUCUCAGUUUGAAUAACAAAGAAAUCCUAUGUGGGGAACAUGUAAAAUUGUAAACUUUUCUUGACUAUUGUUUUCAACUCUUGUGAUUGGUCAAAAUCUUUUAACAAAAAAAAAACACCCUUUCCAAGGGGAGUGUAAAUGCAUCUUAUUGCGUAAACAGCCUUCAUGUAGGUUUGUGCAUUCUCUGUGUAAAAAUAAGAACAUUCCUAUGUGGGAAAGCACCGUUGCCGGAUAACAAAAGAAAUUGCUCUCCACCUUAUAAUUACCCGGAUCAUUACUUAAUCAUCAAAGUUUGUAUAGGUAAUAGCGUGAUUUGUAGUGAUAUUUGGCAUAAAUACCACGAGAGAUAUUUCAAAAUUGUUAUACGUAAUUUCACGAGCCGUUAGGCUAGUGAAAUUUGAGACAAUUUUGAAAUAUCACAAGUGGUAUUUAUGCCAAAUAUCUCGUACAAAUCAUGCUAUUAUUUGUUUAUACUACUACCCGCAAAAGGUUUGUAAUUUUCACAUGUAGGUAUUUCAAAUUAGGCUGAAAUACCACUGCUCUAAGCCAAUCAAAUUGCAGAAAUUUCUCAUGUGGUAGUAUAAAACCACGUAUAACAUGUUUAAGGAGCGUAUAAACUGAGUCACGAAUUUCACUGUGUCUUUUAGACUAAUUUUAUUUUUUUUACUAAUAUAGCCAUGUUGGAUACUUCUAUUAAAUUGCAGGUUUUGAUGAAUUAUUAUUGGUUUGGAGACAGUCUGAAGGACGCCGUAUCGAAACCACGCCUACACAGUCAGCUUUUUCCUAAUAUGGUCUUAGUCGAACCAAAUUUCCCUCAAGAUAUUAUAAGGGGACUGAGGAAAUAUGGACACAAGCGCAUCACAAAUGAUACCACGUUAUUUACCGGUAAAUAAUUCCUUUUCCUACUUUUUGCGUACUUUACACUUUUUUGUACACUUAGACUUCUGUGAGCCAAUUUUACUUGAUGAAACCUAAAUAAUGUUACUCUUACUAUCAGCAUGUUGUUGAGUGCCUUUAACUUUUAAGGCUUUUGUGGUAGAUUCCAGGUACGAUUUUUGCAAUCACGUAAUUUACUACACUAUACAAAUAAAAUAGCUAAAAUAGAUUGAAUAUAACAAAUAGUGUAAGAAACCUUAAUGAAACCACGUGGCUUGUAUAACAUAAGGGUUAACCACAAAAGAGACAAAAAGCGUAAGAAUCAAACAAAAAAGCCCUACGCGGUGGGUCUACAUCCGAAUUUAAGCUCUGAAAGUUGCGUAUUUUCAGGUAAGGAACUUUUUUAGUCUAUUUUACUUUUUUUAACUUGCAUUCGCUUUACGUCAUCCCAGAUUAUUCAAUUUUUUACGUUGAACGGAGUGGCUCUUACUUGGAGACGCUGUGUCUCUGAAGGAAAUUUCCAUGAUAUGUCAUUCUUUGCAGCUUAUAACUCGCUAUAAAAAAAGUCAUGAUAAAUUGAGCAUAACUCAAACCAUGGUUCGGUGCCCUUUAAUAGAAGGGAGAAGUCGUUAGGUCACGUUUCUAUGGUAGCAAAAUUUCUGGAUGAUAUCAAACCGAAAAUUCACUCAAAACGUGAAUUCGCACUGUUUCAAACUUAAUCGAUCUUAUUCAGUUUCAUUCAAUUUGUCAAAUGUUGGCGAAAUUUUCUGGGUUGAAUCCCAAAGGACCGUAUUUAAGUUUAGAAAAAGAAAACUAAUAUUUUUUUGUUGGGUUUACCUACCCCAUGAAGCAAGCACGUGUCGCAGUCGUGCAGCGGCGGCUAAGAAAUGUACAAAAAAGCGUGCUGCACGUGUAAAGUUGUUGAUUUAACUGUUCUCGUUGCCGUCGCCGUCGUCGUUCACCCUUUAACUCCCUAUUGUUGUGAUCCAGAAAUUUUGCUACCAUGGUAACCUGACGUCACACUUCUUCUCUCUAUUGUAACUGUAUUUGGAAAACACUUAUGAUCUCUAUCGCAUUUAGGAACACCCCUACAAAUAAUGGGCGUUGUUCAGCUUGUUGUUCGAGAGGACAACGGAGAGCUACUGGCACUAGCUGACUAUCGCAAAGGAGGAGUCGCGGCAGGUUACCGCUGACCGAACACACAUCUUAGUGG